UUGUACACAGCAGCCAAUGGUCCUUUAGUCUGAUUGGCUCCUGGGCAAGAUGACACUGUGGGAUGAAAGCGUGGAGACAGAAAGAGAGAGAGAGAGCUUGUGGAAAGCAAAAGGGAGAGAGCCUGGAGAGAGAGAGAGCGUGGAGAGAAAGAGAGAGAGAGAGAGACAGAGAGAGACAAUGAGUGAUAGAAGUAGACACUUUACAAAGGACACCCAGUGUGGUUUAGAGGGAGCAUGGACCCAAAGUAACUUUAGGGGAACUGAUGCAUUGCAGGCAGUUACUUCCACAACUGUACCAAGUGCAAUUUAGUGAGAGUGGAGAGAAAAGAAGAGACGGAUAAGAGUAGAAGAAUAAAUAGCAAAAACUGUCUGAAAAGGACAGAGAAAGAAGACAUUUGAGGACCUUCCCAGGACGCAAGAGAUAAAGGCACGACAUCGGUGGGUCAUUGGAUCCCUAAAGAAAACACAAAACAAUUUGCUUUGUGGUUGAGUAUCCAUCAUGGGAGAUCGACUUCACCACUAUCUUGGGGGUGGUAGGCCUGUCUACACCCUACUACUCCCACUAGCUCUAGCCCUGCUGACCCUGUUGUGUGAGGCCCAGGGCCGUAUGGAUAAAGCCAGGUCACCGGAGGAAAGUAGAGCAGGGCUGUUGAGGAGGGUGAAAAGGGGCUGGGUAUGGAACCAGUUCUUUGUGCUGGAGGAGUACACUGGACUGGAGCCGCUAUACAUUGGAAAGCUCCACUCAGACAUGGACCUAGGGGAUGGCUCAAUCAAGUACAUACUAUCAGGAGACGGUGCCGGCACCACCUUCACCAUUGAUGACAGUACAGGAGACAUCCAUGCCAUCAAGAGGCUGGACCGCGAGGUCAAGGCCCAGUACCUGCUGAAAGCCCAGGCCUGGAACAGACAGACAGACCGACCCCUAGAGCCCGAAUCUGAGUUUAUCGUUAAGAUCCAGGACAUCAAUGACAAUGAACCUAAGUUCCAGGAUGGGCCCUACCAAGCCACCAUACCUGAGAUGUCAACCAUCGGCACUGAGGUGAUUCGGCUGACCGCUACAGAUGCUGAUGACCCUACAUAUGGUAACAGUGCCAGAGUGGUCUACAGCAUCCUACAAGGACAGCCAUACUUCUCUGUGGAGCCCAAGACUGGCGAGGUGCGUGUGUCUCUGGCGGGCAUGGACCGAGAGGUCAGAGAGAUCUACUCCAUCAUCAUCCAGGCCAAGGACAUGGGAGGCCAGCUAGGGGGUCUGGCUGGAACCACUGUCGUCAACAUCACCCUCAGCGACGUCAACGAUAACCCACCCAUGUUUGAUCAGAAGCUGUAUCAGAUGAGCGUUCUGGAGUCGGCUCCCGUGGGGUCUGUUGUGGGUCGUAUCCGGGCGAAGGAUCGUGACAUUGGCAUCAACGCAGAGAUGAGGUACAGCAUCAUUGAUGGAGACGGGAGGGACACCUUCGACAUCAGCACAGACCCCACCAACCUGUUUGGCAUCAUCACCAUCAAAAAGCCUCUGAACUUUGAGAGCAAAGCAAGCUACACUCUGAAGAUAGAAGGAGCCAACACACACCUGGACCACCGUUUUCUGGACAAGGGCCCGUUCAGCCAUGUUACCAUUGUUCACGUCAGCGUGGAGGAUAUAGACGAGCCCCCAGAGUUUAGCUCUGCUGCAUACUACAUAGAGGUCUCUGAAGAAGCAGAGAUUGGCACAGUGUUCACGACGGUCUCUGCCAGAGACCCUGAUGCUUCCAAUAACUCCAUCAGGUAUUCAAUAGAGAUGACCACUGACCUGGGGAAAUAUUUCUACAUUGACAUCACUUCCGGGGCGUUGAUGACGGUGCAGGCGCUGGACAGAGAAGAGUUAUCCUGGCAUAACAUCACCGUCCUGGCAAUGGAGAUGAGUAAUCCCAGUAUGAUCGGGAGUGUGUCUGUAGCUGUGAAGAUUCUGGACGUGAAUGAUAACCCUCCAUCGCUGACACACUAUUUUGAAGCAUUCGUCUGUGAGAGCGCCAAGGCUGGACAGCUGAUUCAGACAGUGACAGCAAUAGACCCAGAUGAUCCUCUGGGAGGUCAGCAUUUCUACUACAGCCUGGCACCAGAGGCUGCUAACAACCCCAACUUCACCCUCAGAGACAACCAAGACAACACAGCAUGGAUCCUGACGCGGCGCGGGGGUUGGUCUCAGCAGGACCAGUCAGUCUACUACCUUCCUAUCUUUAUCUCAGAUGGAGAGCUGCCGGUCCAGACCAGCACCAGCACCCUGACUAUCCGUGUGUGUAGCUGCGAUGUGGAGGGCAACGUUAUGUCCUGUAAUGCUGAGGCCUACCACCUACCGGCUAGUCUGAGCAGAGGGGCACUCAUCGCCAUACUGGCAUGUAUCUUCGUGAUGCUCGUGAUGAUCUUGCUCAUGUUGUCCCUCCGGAGCCACCGUAAGAAGCCCUACCUGCACGAUGAGGAAGACAACGUCCACGAGAACAUCGUCCGCUACGAUGACGAGGGUGGCGGAGAGGAGGACACUGAGGCCUUCGACAUCGCUGCCAUGUGGAACCCCCACGAGGCCCACCUAGUGGGGAAGCAACGUCAGGACAUGCUGCCCGAAAUCGAGAGCCUUUCACGCUACGUUCCCCUUGCAUGUGUGGGCUGGCCAGGGAGCGCUUGUGUUGGUGGAGACAGCAACGUGCAGGGGUAUGUGCUAUCCAAGCUCCUGGAGGCAGAUUUGGACCCCUGCGCCCCACCUUACGACUCCCUACAGACCUACGCCUAUGAGGGGGAGGGAUCGGUGGCUGAGUCCCUGAGCUCGCUGCAGUCUGGGUGCUCCAAUACUGAUCACGAGUAUGAUUAUCUCAAUGACUGGGGGCCCAGGUUUAAGAAACUGGCAGAGAUGUACGGGGUUCUGGAGACAAACAACCCUCCCAUGUGGUAGAGGGGAGGAAGGAACAAGAGACUCACCCCUAUAUACACACAUCUUAUAGGAAGAAGAGACUGAAAUAUAGAGAGACUAUGGCUGAAACGGAGACAUGUAGAGAGACAGGAACAGAGAGAGAGAGAAAUAGAGAGAAUUCAUUUGAAAGGUGUGUUCGCCGUAGAACUGCAGAAUUUGCAAUAGCACCACUGAGCAUUGCCUCUUCUCUAUAGCCUUAGAGCUGGGUAGCCUCAACCCUGAGCUGGGUUUCCUCCUAGCUGUGUAGCUGCCAUCACCACCCUUCCCCAACUCCAAGAGAGGCUUGAGAGUAGCCUGGACUGACUGACUGACAGACAGCUAGCAUCACAAGGCCCUCAAAGCAAAGGGCUUCAAAGCAACACGUUAGUUAACUCUAUUGGCCGACCCAGGCCCUAGCCACAGGCGCCAGCAGCUCUCUGGUCCAAAAGGUCCCUAUUCCCCUCAGAUGAACACGAGAGGGGACGGAGGGGAAAACAAGGGACUCAACAAACUUAGCCUUACCUUCCUGCACACACUUACGCAGGACACAAACAAACUCUGAAAUGAUGAAGUCUUUUUUGUUGGUUUGUUUUGACAAUAUUUCGGUUAAGACUUUGCUUUUUGUAUUCCGAGCCACUGACACAAGAAAAAAAAAGGAAGAGUAAGAUACAUUUUUGAUGACCUGUUUGUCGUUAUUGUUGCAACCAUUUUGAUUUGAGAACUGCAAUUUUUUCCCAUUAAGGGUAACUUCAAUAUGUGGCCGUCUCUUAUUAAUUCAUUUAUUUUUUCACGUGCUGUAUUUAUAUUUCUUAUAACUUAUUUUGGGGGAAUCAAACAAACACUGGUUUGAUGUUAUCCCAAGGUUGUGGGUUCGGCAUAAAAUAUGUUCAAAUAUGUUCAAGAGUUAUGACGUGACAUAAAUGUUUCAAUGGCGUCUAAUUGCAAUUCUGUGUUUCAAAGACAAUGUUUCUCCCGGCAUUUCUCAGUGUCUUGUUUCAGACAUAGUAAGGGAGAGGGAAACUCUGUAAUCCUAUUUGGAUUUUAAGAUUAUUUGUUAAAUGUAUCGAUUCAUAUUUUGUUAGUUUGAACCCUUUGUUGUUUUGCUGCUGGUUAGGAGAAUAAAGCAUGAUCAUGGAUUCAUCAGGAAAUGUGUGUCCCCCAAAUUGCACCCUAUGCAAAGUAGUGCACUAUAUAGGAAAUAGGGUGCCUUUUGGGACGCAAACACAAUCUUUAAACACUUGUUUUGAAAUAAACUGGCCAUGAUACCACAGCAGGACUGAGGGACAUUACAGUAUCUAUAUCUGAAAUGAAGGAUGGCCAGUUACCGUAAAUGUUUUACUCAUCAUUAUGAACAUAGCUGGAUGAGUAAAACCAGGGGAGGUACGAUAUGGUAAAAAGCAUUUCAUCAGGGUAUCAGCCAUGAUUAGGGGUGGAGUCCAACUCUGCCAUACAUUGUUGCUUGAUCUCAACCCUCGCAUCCCGUCCCAUAGGCUUUGAUAACUUUGAUAAUCUGCUUAAAGAAGAAGAAAAUGUACUUCAGCAAAACGACGCCAAAUAAACAAAGGGACUUCUUUGUCAAAGAUGAUGUGAAAUAAUAGGAGGACAUUUUGAUCAUUUUUGAUUGGGCGGACUCGACUUGAAACAUGUGUGGUGUCAGCUAUGCUACAGUAUGUGGUAUUUGAAUGUAGAUAUUUGUUGUAUACUUGGUAAUAAAAGAAGAAA